AAGCCCUGAAUGUCUAUCCCACCGUGUUAGUCGUAUAUAUUCGAAGUGGGCAUUGGCAGGGAAUUUAGAAUAUUAUUCUCGGUAUUGGUUCGAAGUUCUUUAUAGUACGGGGAGCCGUUUAUAGUACGGGAAUGCAUGGAAUAUGAAUCCGAUGCGCAUCACUCAAUGCCUCUUUCUAUCAUAUGAAUGCGAUGUGGAGCCUCGUUUCUGCAGUACAUUAUCAGCAAUGGAUUGAUGCAGGAGUGGACAUUUCCAUUUCAAGCAUUACCUCCCUGCCGGAAUCACUUGAGCCGUCCAGGAGAAUGUGGCAAUGUCCCCAGAAACAUUGUGGAGACGGACGCGAGAUCUCAGACGUUCACCCUUUUUUUUCCAAGCACACGGAUUUGGUUCGGCAUCGUCGUUCUCGUCUCAGAGCAAACACAAAAAGCCAGAACAAUCUUCGCGAUGGGCUCUGCAACCGAGGGGAAGACCGAAGCGGUGUCUCCCUACUAUCUUUUCUGUCAAGAAGUGGUCCUGAACCUCGACAACAUCGAUUCCGUGUCCAUCGAUUACCAGUCCACGAACGCGCAGAACCCAGGGCGACAAGCCGUCGUCGUCAACCGACAAAACGGCAGAAUGAACUACUGCCCCCUCCACUUCGUCGAAAUGACUCAAGAACACUGGCAAACCGAAAUGGAAUGUCUGCUAGAGGCGUUGGAAGCGAGGCGGGUGGAACAACGAGGAGAGGAAAAGGCAGAUCUUGAAUUCAAAGCACACCUGGACGACGCUUACAAGACCGAGCUCAGGCGUGUGCGUGAGGACCAUCAGAAACCGUCUGAGAAAUAUGGGAUGGAAUCUAAAGCACGCGUUGAGGACGCUUGGGAGGAUGAGCGAAAGAAAAUGAUUGAGGAGAUUGCGAAAUACAAAGAGGAACUCGAAGAAGCGAGGAAGCACCUCAAGCAGGACGCACUGGCGAAGCACCUUUUUUCUCUUUAAACAAGCGACGUCUUCACCGUGCGUCCUGAUGACCACGCAUGCUCCUUAACAUUCUCAAAGUAACUACAAGCCGUUCUGAUCAUCAGAAGAAAAAAUCAGACAAGAAGGAAAAUCGAAGUCACCUCUUUUCUCAAGAGUGGCCGUCUGUGUCCCUCAGAAAUAGCUCCCGACAUAUAUAGGAAGGUCCUUCUUCAACGUUGUAAAUAAUGUUCUGUAUGUCUUUAUUCUUGAGAUGUCAUUGUCAAAUUGCUACGAGACGGUUCGCUGAGAAUCAAUUUGGUACUGCCCGUGGUUGUUGAAUACGGACAGUGACGGGAA